AUAUCGAGACACCUGAAACCUUCAGAAGCUACCAAGGCUUGCCAAAGGUCAUCGAAAUUUCAGAGACUCGGAGGAUCUAACAAGCUCUCGAGAUCCAAGAGGACUUUCAAAAUAUCAAACAAGGUUCAAACCCAGUAAACUCGCACGAUACACUAUCGGAUGACAUGUUCCUCGUCCAGUCUGCGAUAAGGUUCGCCCGCUAGCUGGCGACACUAUCGAUCAUCCGAGGAAACGCGCAUCACGGUACGAGCAGGCGCGCAGGUUGGUACACCAAUCGCGCCUGUCUAUUUCCGUAGAGGUCGAACGCGUGUGCCAGCGAGAGCAGUUCGACGUGCUCGAAGGUUUCACUGCGGCUUAGACUUUAGCCGGACGGGGUUUGUCUUGUCCCCGUCGUACGACACCAAACCUGGCAAUCACUCCACGCCGGACUCUCGAUAAGGAACGAGGCGCCAGCUUCCAGCUAUUCGAACUGAACUUUCACGAUACAUCGAGACCUAUGUAACAUCGUGUACGAGACAGUGUUUGUUUGAGAUAAUAAAGAGUGAUAAGUUUCGUGUUGUAAAGAUAUAUAUAUUUUCUCUGUUACGCGCGGAUGCGAAAGAUAUUUCGCGAGUACGAAAGCGGUUUUCGUUGAAAGAACGGUGACAUCGAGGAAAUUUGAGGAGAGAUAUCUAACAAAGUUAAUUCGAUAUAUAGUAUAUUAAGAGUAUAUUAAAUUUCAAUCGAACAGUGUAAAUUGAUAUAUUUAGUGAAGGUGUUGCGAAUCUAGAUCGUAGAAAUGCAUUCCUUGCGCAUUAGAUACUCAUUGAUCAAACAUAGGAACGUGUUGCAAGUGUAUAAAGUGGCAAGAAGAUGUUUCGGCACAGAUGUCCAGUACAAACCGAUCAGGAGCGUCCUGGUUGCCAAUCGAGGAGAAAUUGCCAUUCGUGUAUUUCGAGCAUGUACCGAGCUGGGAAUCCGUUCGGUGGCCAUUUACUCGGAACAGGACAAGAUGCAGAUGCACAGGCAAAAAGCCGACGAGGGUUACGUGGUUGGCAGAGGGCUUCCACCUGUCCAGGCUUAUUUGAAUAUUCCGGAAAUCAUCAGAGUCGCGAAAGAAAACGAUGUAGACGCCAUUCACCCUGGUUAUGGCUUCCUCUCCGAGCGAUCGGAUUUCGCGGAGGCGGUGAUCAAUGCUGGAAUAAGGUUCAUCGGUCCUAGUCCGAAAGUUGUCCAACAAAUGGGUGACAAGGUAGCUGCGAGGCAAGCUGCGAUAGACGCUGGAGUGCCAAUUGUUCCAGGAACAGAUGGACCAGUCACCACGUCUGACGAAGCGAUGGAAUUUUGCAUGAAACAUGGGCUUCCGGUGAUAUUCAAAGCUGCCUACGGAGGAGGUGGAAGAGGUAUGAGAGUCGUGAGACAAAUGGAAGAGGUUCGAGAGAUGUUUGAUCGUGCCUCUUCGGAAGCGAAAGCCGCUUUCGGAAAUGGGGCGAUGUUCAUUGAGAAAUUCAUCGAGAGGCCAAGGCACAUUGAGGUACAACUAUUGGGAGACAAGGCUGGCAAUGUCGUUCAUCUUUACGAACGUGAUUGUUCCGUGCAACGUCGUCAUCAAAAGGUUGUCGAGAUUGCUCCUGCGCCAAGCUUAGAUCCUAAGAUCAGGAACAAAAUGACAGAAUAUGCUGUAAAAUUGGCGAAACAUGUUGGUUACUCGAAUGCUGGCACCGUGGAAUUUUUGGCCGAUGAAUCCGGAAAUUUCUACUUUAUCGAAGUCAACGCUAGGUUGCAAGUCGAACACACUGUUACGGAGGAGAUCACUGGAAUCGAUUUGGUGCAAUCUCAAAUUCGUAUUGCCGAGGGUAUAACGUUACCUGAGUUGGGUAUGACUCAGGAGAAGAUUAUUCCUCAGGGUUUCGCCAUACAAUGCCGUGUGACAACGGAAGAUCCUGCGAAGAACUUCCAACCGGAUACUGGAAGAAUCGAAGUGUUCCGUUCUGGAGAAGGUAUGGGUAUUCGAUUGGAUAGUGCGUCCGCAUUCGCUGGUGCCAUUAUUUCGCCUUACUACGAUUCGCUUCUUGUCAAGGUUAUCGCUCAUGCAGGGGACUUGCAAUCAUCUUGUGCAAAAAUGAACCGUGCCCUCCGCGAGUUCCGAGUUCGCGGAGUGAAAACCAACAUCCCAUUCCUCCUGAACGUGCUAGAAAACCAAAAGUUCCUCAAUGGAAACGUCGACACGUACUUCAUCGACGAGAAUCCGCAGUUAUUCCACUUUCAACCGAGUCAGAACCGUGCUCAGAAGUUAUUAAAUUAUAUUGGUUCGGUUCUGGUGAACGGACCAAGUACUCCGUUGGCCACAUCGUUGAAACCAGCCGACAUAAAGCCUCACAUUCCUCAGAUUGCUCUAGACUUUGCUAAGUUUAAUGCAGCUGCAGAAGAGUGCAGUGAUCCAGACACAUCAGAUGUAAUGGAACCACCGAAAGGCUUUCGUCACAUUUACAAGGAGCAAGGUCCAGAAGCGUUCGCCAAGGCUGUCAGACAGCACAAAGGGUUACUUCUGAUGGACACCACGUUCCGUGAUGCACAUCAGUCUCUUCUAGCGACCCGUGUCAGGUCGCAUGACCUCCUAACCAUCUCGCCUUUCGUCGCCCACAAAUUCAGCAAUCUUUACUCCCUGGAAAACUGGGGCGGUGCCACGUUUGACGUUGCUCUCAGGUUCUUGCACGAGUGUCCUUGGGAACGAUUGGAGGACAUGAGGAAGGCGAUACCAAAUAUUCCUUUUCAGAUGCUUCUCAGAGGUGCCAAUGCCGUUGGCUAUACCAACUACCCUGACAAUGUCGUUUACAAAUUCUGCGAACUGGCUGUGCAGACUGGAAUGGACGUGUUCAGAGUAUUCGAUUCGUUGAAUUAUCUGCCGAAUCUGAUUCUUGGUAUGGAGGCAGCUGGCAAAGCAGGAGGCAUCGUCGAGGCAGCGAUUUCAUACACUGGAGAUGUGAGCGAUCCAAAGAAGGAAAAGUACGAUCUGAAAUACUACACGAAUUUGGCGGACGAGUUGGUGAAGGCCGGUACCCACGUGUUGUCGAUUAAGGAUAUGGCAGGUCUUUUGAAACCGAAAGCCGCUCGUAUGUUGAUCGACGCGAUCAGACAGAAGCACCCUGAUGUUCCUAUUCAUGUUCAUACUCACGAUACCGCGGGUGCUGGAGUAGCAUCGAUGUUAGCUUGUGCAGAAAGCGGCGCCGAUGUCGUUGACGUUGCUGUCGACAGUAUGUCUGGAAUGACGAGCCAACCAUCCAUGGGUGCUGUGGUCGCCUGUCUCAUUGGGACUCCGAACGACACGCAGUUUGAUCUCGGUGAUGUCUCGGAAUACUCGGCCUAUUGGGAGCAGACCAGAACAUUAUAUGCUCCGUUCGAGUGUACGACGACCAUGAAAUCUGGAAAUGCGGACGUCUACUUGAAUGAAAUUCCUGGCGGUCAAUACACGAACUUACAAUUCCAAGCGUAUUCUCUCGGCUUGGGAGAAUUCUUCGAGGAUGUGAAGAAAGCAUACAGGGAAGCGAAUUUGUUGCUCGGCGAUAUCAUUAAAGUUACGCCCAGUUCGAAAGUAGUUGGUGAUUUGGCGCAGUUUAUGGUUCAGAAUAAACUUUCGGCUGACGAUGUACUGAAGAAAGCGGAAGAACUCUCUUUCCCUAAAUCGGUCGUAGAAUUCUUGCAAGGUGCUAUCGGCGAACCUUACGGAGGAUUCCCUGAACCUCUUAGGUCAAAAGUAUUGAAAGACAUGCCACGCGUAAAAGGAAGGCCAGGUGCCAGCUUGGCACCGUUGGACUUCGACGCUUUGAAAUCUCAAUUACAAGAAUCUCACCCCCACAUAUCGUAUAAAGACGUUAUGUCAGCCGCCCUUUAUCCCAAAGUUACGGACGAUUACCUAAAUUUCCGCGAGAAGUUCGGCCCAGUGGACAAACUAGAGACGAGAAUAUUCUUGACAGGACCAAAAGUCGGUGAAGAGUUCGAUGUAACGAUCGAAAAGGGGAAAACCUUGGCUAUCAAGACUUUGGCAGUCGCUGAGGAUCUUACUAAAAAUGGAGAGCGCGAGGUGUUCUUUGAAAUGAAUGGUCAACUCAGAUCUGUGUUCAUUAAGGAUAAAGAGGCUGUUAAGGAACUCCACGUGCAUCCUAAGGCUGCUAAAGGAGAUAAGAACCAAAUCGGAGCACCGAUGCCUGGCACUGUGAUCGACAUCAGGGUAAAAGUAGGCGACACGGUCGAGAAAGGAGCACCCUUAGUUGUAUUAUCAGCCAUGAAAAUGGAGAUGGUGGUCCAAGCUCCAAAAGCUGGAAAGAUCAAGACGCUGGACGUCACUCAAGGAAUGAGAUUAGAAGGAGACGAUUUAGUCUUGACUUUAGAAUAGAACUUUUAAAUCAUUCGAGACUGAAACGUCUCUGAAUUAGUUAUCGUUUUAUAUAUUCUUUUUUUUUUUAACAAGAGUGCAUUUUGUUCGAUUAAUCGACUUCGGCCGUCGUUGUCGUCCAAAAUGUAGGUAAAGAUCAUUCGUGUUCCAAUUUAUCCCGGGUCGAUUUGAUAAUCAAAUUUCAAUGUUUUUUUUUAUAUACAUAUAUAUUUUUACAUAAUUUUUCUUCGUUUCUUUUAAUCGCAUAAAAUGUCGAUAUAGUGUAAGAUUUAUGAACAAAUAAGGUAAUUGUUUAUUGUAAAGCCUUAAGGAUACGAAAAUUCGAAAAAAAUUGCUAAAUUUUUGACUACCUCGAGGAAUAAUAGGAACAAGACGCGAGAUGUCAACUUAAUUAAACAAAGGUGCACUUCUUGUUCGCCGAGGAAAAUAACUGUAUGUAAAUGAACAUUCGCUCUAAGAUACUUGUCGAAGAAUGAGAGCAACGAACGUCCAAUUGAUGUAUAUCUUCAUUGUUGGACAUGAUCAUUGAAUAUUCUUUUUUUAUUCCUUUCGAUUGUUGUAUAUAAGGUGUCUCAUCUAAAUCAAGCAAUUUAAUCAUUUAAUCAAUUACUUUUCUCUUAAUGAUGUAUAAAUAUUUAAUUUCAGUAGCAUAUAUAUGACAGAAAAUACAAGCGAAGGAUAUUGUCAUUCUACGAUUAUUAUCUUUUUUUUACAUAAAUAUUGGGUCAUCCUAUGAAUAAUAGUCUUCUUGAAGUUGAGUUUAAAAUAAUGAGAAUUGUUAUUAUUAGAGUUUUGAAACAUUACUAACGAAUCGUUCCUUAUAUUUAUUAUGUAUAAAAAUAUACUUUCGCGAUAUAAUAACAAUAUUAUCCGUAGGAUGACCUAAUAUAUAAUAUACAAGAAAAUAUAUAUAUAAUAUACAAGAAAUUUCUUGAUAAGUUGUAUUAGGUGAGACAGUUUGUGUGAUCUCUCGUCGAGUUCAUCUAUUCGCGACGAUCAUUUUCUAGUAUUUAAUGCAACGUUGCAUUCACAAACAGAAUUUGUUCCUUGCAACGAAACUCGCAAUCUGUGAAUUACAAAAUCUCGUCUGUCAAUUUUUUAAGCAAUUAAUCGAACGCAACAAAGAAUUGAUCUAUGCUGCCUGAAAUGACGAUUCCUUCGUGUUCAUACUCGAUCUUAAGAAAUAUAUCAAAGGCCUACAAACAACGUUUUUACAGAGACAGAAGUGAUUAUCGAGCGUUAAAGUUUAAUAAAGGUAAUUCUCGCCAUCGAUGACAAAGUGAUUUAACGAGGCAAGUUGAAACUCAGGCUUGGGCACGUUUUAUUUGAAGUUAUUGUUUCAACUUUAGCUAUAUAAUAAGAAACAUAAUUGAAUCAGUUUUGUACAAACUUUAUAAAUCAUUAGUAAUUAUUAAUAAUAAGAUGAACGUUUUGGGCAAUUGGAGACAAUACUUUUUAUUAGUUGCCUCUAGAGAUUUUACGUGUUAUUUUUAGAAAUUUAAGAAAUUUCACAUUUAAUUUUGUUAUUAAUUUUUGUACAACAAAAUUUUUCAAUUUUAAUAACAUGCUAAUGUUUACCUUACGAUUCUGUAGUUUUUAUGUAAAAAGAUUUCACCAGCAAUUUAAUUCCAUUACUUAUGAAUUCUCUUUAGAAGUUCAAGACUCUCGAUGAGCAUUUGUAAGUCUUAUACUUUCCUUUUUAAAAAUUCUCACGGAUUCUCAAGUGAAGUCAAAGAUGUGCCGCACCACAGUGCAAACAAAUUUUUAUAUUCUGAGCUUAUUUUACACGCUUUGUAUCACUGUUGUAGUAUUUUGUAUACUUUAAUGUUAAAUAUGAUGCACAAUUAUUGGUUCAGUUAUGCUCUUCGCUGUAGCUAAAUAAAAUGAAACGUUAUUCAUCAUUUUGAAUAGUGCUCAAGCCUGUUGAAAUUGUACAAAUUAUUUGUUCAACUCCUUAAGGUAUCAAAGUGCCAGUACAUUAGCAUUUUUCAAACUACAUAUGUAUAUAUAGCAGCUGUAUAAAUAUAUAAAACUAUAUAUAAAUAUUAGCCUAAAUAAAUGGCGAUGGCGGGACUAAUUAUUUGUUUCUUUGUCAGGAUUUGUUGAAUGGUUUUCCAGGGAUUUUAGCUAGUAUCGAGAUUGUACAAAGUGAUUAAUUUGUGAGUCAAGGUGGUUUGGGAAACGCUUUACGUAGAUUUAAGUCGAGGAAACUCUCGAGAAAGGGAAACUUGCUGGAUGUUCUAUGCUAUACUCACUAACUGAAUAUUAUUACAAUUUCCGGUACGUGAAGCAUGGCUGAAUAACAUUGUCCUGUCUUAGCUCGUGAUUCCUGUUCGUUGUAUAAUAGUUCCAUUGUUUUUUUUUUUUUUUUAUUUUUUCAAGAGGACGAAUUUUUUCAAGAGGACAAAUUUCGCGACGAAUUCGUGUACAAAGUUAGUUGUAAUGUCCGAUUCGAAUCAGGUUCUAUUUUAACCCUUUGACGUAAAAAUAUCAAUAGGAUUUAACGAUAGAUAAUGCCAAAUUGUCUAAUAAUAAGUGAAUUAACUUAACUGUAAUUCAUUGAAAUUUACCAUUUUUAUAGAGAAUGAAAUUUUCAUUGAUGACAUAUUGUCGUGAAUUGCAUAAUAUUUUUCGGUAGCAACUCUGAGAGGAUUCAAAGAAAUAAAUAUUGUACAUAUAUAAAAAUAAAUCGAUACGUAAUCGAGAUUUUUUUUCCUUAUAAUUAAUACAAUCUGAUUACCGUGUUUCAACAUCGAAUGAAAUUACAUAUUUUAUUUUAUUGUUGUUCAUAAUCGAUCACAUCGUCAAUCUGUUAAUUGGCCCGUUUUUUAAUCAGGAAUUUUUAUAAUCGCGAACUAUUAAAACAUAAUAAAUUGGAGAUUGAUUGA